UCUUAUCUCCCGAACUAUGUAUCCAUCAACAAGCAGUCCAAACUUCAAGUCUCAUUAUUCAACUCCACUUCUAUCAACUUCCUCAAAGAUUUCUCAAAUCCUAUAAAAUGGUUUCCUUUACCGCACUUGCAUCUGCCGUCUCCAUGGGUCUUCUGGCCACCACAGCCAGCGCAGCCCCAGCCAUCGGGGAAAGAGAUCCAGUGCCACAACCACCACCAACCUGGUCCGUCAUCGACCUGAGUCUCUACAAGACUCUCCAGGCUGGCUCCCAAAACCAAUGCUGGUGGUGGGUGGACCAAGGCCACCCCCCUCCAAGCGAAUUUGUGCCAAACACUCCGUCGGGAACCCACAGCGCUUGCCACAAAUCAGACUUUUACAACCUCAAAAUCGAUCACAUUGCUACGGGCUAUAACUGCCAAGUCAAGGUCUACAGUGAUGACAGUUGCGCCACCGGCGGUUACACGAUCACGUAUCCGACUGUGGGAGAUUGCCAGUAUCCUUCCGGCUCUCUCGUCAACUUCUACUCGUGGGAAGUUUUCUGCCAGUAAGCAGAGCAUCAACGGUGGCAAAGAGUGGGAUAAGAUCGAACACAUAGAAUAUGGUUGGGGACAUGGACAGUCUGGGUAUUUUUGACUUCUAAAUUGUUUUAUUAGGGUUUAGCGGGUUUGUUUCAGCAUCUUGGUGUCACGGUAGCUUAGAAAUUUAUUAGCGCAUUUGCAAUUAGGCAUACUUAUCUCGUUCCUCGAAACUAUGAGGACUUUUCCUGAAAACUAUUCGUUGCAUUUAAAAUGUAUGCUCC